AGAGCUCAAACUGCUCCUUGUAUUCUAUACGUUCCAUAUCUCCGAUAUCAAAUUUCACAAUGGUCGAGACUGGUCUUCCAACAGGAUGGGAAGUUCGUCACUCGAACUCCAAGAACCUCCCAUACUACUUCAACCCCGCGACCAAGGAAUCCCGCUGGGAACCGCCAUCGGACACCGAUACCGAAAAGCUCAAGAUGUACAUGGCACUCCAUCACAGCGCCUCGGGAGGUCGUGUUGAGGGCUCCGGCCAGGGCGAUGGCAAGAUUCGUUGCAGCCAUCUUCUCGUGAAGCACAGAGACAGCAGACGCCCGAGCAGCUGGAGGGAGGCAGAGAUCACCCGGUCGAAGGAGGAAGCCCUCGAGAGACUCGACGGGUUUUACCAGCGCAUCCAGGCUGGUGAGGAUCUGGGAGACUUAGCGGUGUCUGAGUCUGAUUGCAGCAGUUCCAGGAAGAAGGGAGAUCUGGGUUUCUUCGGGCGCAGCGAGAUGCAGAAGGAAUUCGAGGAUGCAGCCUUUGCUCUACAACCCGGACAGGUCAGUGGUAUUGUCGACACGGCCUCGGGGGUUCACCUCAUUCAACGCCACUCGUGAUUCAUUUAGAAGGAUAAUGUCUUGUCUUUAGUUGCAUUAGAGCAUUAAUGAAUAUCUUAAAUAUCUUUGUUCUAUCGUUUCAGCUUCCCCAUGGGGCUAUUUUUGCGUUGACUUGAGAUACAACAAACUUAAAAAGGUCAACCCCAACUUAUUUUCUUUCUAGAUCUGGUUUAAUGAAAUAGUCCUUUUCACUAUCCUUAUGAUCC